AUGCCGCGUCGCGCCGCCUCCCCAGAGGUGAUCACGAUUGAAGAGAGCGACGAGGAAAAGCCUUUGAAGUCGCUUCCCACCAUCCCAUGGCGUGCUCCGCUUAAUCUGCCGCUCUGCGAUGACGGCAACUCGGUCCAGGCCAGCGAUGUCUGUCACCAAAGAGCGAAGAAGCUCGACGUCAAGGCCACAGCCGUAGAAGAUACGUUGGAGGCGAGCAACGGCGUGGCCCCCGCGGCCAGCCCAGAGAAGAGCCUGUUCCUGCUUUCGUCCUCGGACGACGACGACGACGACGAUAGCGACGAUAUUUACAAGGGAAAAGAUCGAGACGAUGACGACAAGAAUGCUGGUGAUCCCUUUCCCGGUCAGACCGCAAAGGAGCAAAGGAAGCGGACAGUCUCCGACGUCCUGUUCGCUACGGCCAGUGAGGUAUCGCCUCUUGCCAAAAAGUGUCCCGCAAGUGAACCGGACAAGGCCAAGACGACUACGAGCAGGACAUGCGAUACGACCUCUCGCGUGGCUAGGCAGACCAAGGAUCGGAAGCGCAAGAGCGGCGACCUCGCGGCCGUCGAUAAGUACGAACCGCAGGGCUUCUCAGCUCGUGAGGCCAUCGCCAUCCCUUUGUCGGGCUGGACCGACGAGCAGUUUGGAUGGCUCAACUAUGCUAUCCGGGAAGUCAUGGCAUGCCACGUGCGUAUCUCGACGGGUUUGGACGGCAAGUCGGCCUUAGGCUGGGUCGAUUGA